GGCUGCAACGCGGAGGAAUGUAUCCAUUGAUACAACCUAGAGUUGAGAGGAAACUUGUUUAGAUGAACUUGGGGUAUUGAGGAGAAAGAUUGGUCACUGGGAAAGGAAUGCAUUCAAUCAGGAACUUCUUCUGUGGCCGCUGGUCAUGUGACGUGCGUCUGGACGGUCAGACUGUCAUCAUCACAGGAGCUAACACUGGAAUCGGCAAAGAGACAGCCAGGGACCUGGCCAAGAGAGGUGCUCGCAUCAUCAUGGCGUGUAGAGACAUGGAGAAGGCGGAGGGCGCCAGGAAAGAGAUCACAGAAGAUUGUGGAAAUGAAAACAUUGUCGUUCACAAACUGGAUCUGUCUGACACCAAGUCUAUCAGAGAGUUCGCUGAGCUGGUUAACAAGGAGGAGAAGCAAGUCAAUAUCCUGAUCAACAACGCUGGCAUCAUGAUGUGUCCCUACUCUAAGACCAAGGACGGCUUUGAGAUGCAGUUUGGAGUCAACCACCUGGGUCACUUCCUGUUGACCUACCUGUUGGUGGACCUGAUCAAGUGCUCGGCGCCAGCCCGCAUCGUUAACGUGUCGUCAGUGGCUCACACCUGGACCAGCAUGAGACUGGAUGACAUCAACAGUGAGAAGAGCUACGACCAGGUCAAGGCCUAUGGACAGAGCAAACUGGCCAAUGUCCUCUGCACACGUUCACUGGCAAAACGACUGCAGGGCACCGGUGUGAGUGUGUUCUCCCUCCACCCGGGUGUGGUCCAGUCAGACCUAUGGAGACACCUGAACAAUCGUGUCCAGGUAGCGGUCAAGGUGUUCCGGCCAUUCACUAAGUCCUCUGUCGAGGGAGCUCAGACCUCCAUAUACUGUGCUGUGGAGCCAGGACUGGAGAAGGAGAGUGGAGGAUACUACAGCGACUGUGCGCCUGCAAGGUGUUCCAGGACAGCUUCGGAUGACGACUUGGCCCAGAAACUGUGGGAGCUGAGCUGCAAGAUGCUGGCCAUCACCUGGGAGUGAACACAAGACACUAGGCUGCAUCUCAAAUGGCCCCCUAGUCCUCAUGUAGUGCACUGAAUACAUUGUGGAUAUAGUGCACGACGUGGCUUUGGCCAACAGUAGUGCACUGUAUAGGCAAAAAUGCUAUUUGCCCAGAUUUUUUUUUUACAGUUAUUCUAUUCUCACUAUGUAGAUUGCAAUAUGUUUAAAGCAUUACUACUACAGUUGAAGUUUACAUACACUCAGAUUGGAGUCAUUAAAACUUGUUUUUCAACCACUAAACAAAUUUCUUGUUAACACAGUAUAGUUUUGGCAAGUCGGUUAGGACAUCUACUUUGUGCGUGAC